AUGCCUGGAUUGACUAUGGAUGCAAUGAAUGGAGAAACUAGAAUUGAAGAACAUAACAAAGGAUUCUACUUGCCUUACAAGGACAUUUUCACUCAAGAAAGGUCUCCAAGAAGUGCGUUGAGUCCACGAAGUGAUUCCCUUGAUUUAGCCAUUGAUGGUGUGGUGUCAACAUCCAUUGAGCAGCUUUAUCACAAUGUUUAUGCGAUGCAAAGCUCUGAUCAAUCUUCAUCAAUGUCUAGCUAUGGAUCGUAUGGUGAGGAAUCAAGGAUCGAUUCCGAAUUACGCCAUCUCAUCGGGGAUUUCGGUGUCGUUGAAAUGACAAAGGAGGUGCAGGUAGCCGAGAAGAAGGAAGAUGAAGACAGUGUUGGUGGCUUGAGCAUUAAGAAAGAAAAUGUGGUUACUGAUAAAAUGCCUGUGAAGAAGAACAAUGACAAGAUCCAAACUCAAGGUGGUGUUAGGCAUCGUCCCCACUUGCACUCCCAUUUUCCGGUUCUUGAACGCUCGAUCGAAAUCCCAGUGAUUGAGGAUGGCCAAACUCAUGCACUUGCUAAAUUUGCUGGAUGCAUGCAUCUGGGUGACACUUAUGCCAUGUUGGGUCAAAUUGAGAAUUCUAUUUUGUGUUAUACAGCAGGUUUGGAGAUUCAAAAACAAGUUUUGGGGGACACAGAUCCUCGAGUUGGCGAAACAUGUCGAUAUGUGGCUGAAGCACAUGUUCAAGCGCUAUGGUUCGAUGAGGCUGAAAAGCUUUGUCAAAUGGCUCUUGACAUCCACAGGGAGAAUGGUGCUCCAGCUUCUUUUGAAGAAGCUGCUGAUAGGAGACUCAUGGGACUCAUCUGUGACUUAAAAGAAGAUUACGGAUCAGCACUUGAGCAUUAUGUUUUAGCUAGCAUGGCCAUGGCAACCAAUGGAUGUGAACUCAACGUUGCUUCAAUUGAUUGUAGCAUUGGAGAUGCAUAUUUAUCAUUAGCUCGGGUCGAUGAGACAGUUUUUGCCUUUCAGAAGGCACUCACAGUGUUUAAAUCUGCAAAAGGAGAGAACCAUCCAUCAGUUGCUUUGGUUUUCGUUCGGUUGGCUGAUUUGUACAAUAAGGUAGGAAAGUUAAGGGAUUCCAGAACUUAUUGCGAAAACGCACUCCGAAUUUAUGCAAAGCCAAAUCCUGGAAUUCCCUUAAAAGAGAUCGCUAGUGGCCUCAUUGACAUUGUUGCAAUCUGUCAAUCUAUGAAUGGAUUGGAUCACGCACUCAAACUACUUAAGAAGGUGUUAAGUAUUUUCAGUGAAGCCCCAGGGAAACAAACAACAAUUGCAGGUAUUGAGGCACAAAUGGGAGUCAUGUAUUACAUGAUGGGGAGCUAUGCUGACUCCUACAACACCUUUAAAAGUGCCAUCUCGAAGUUUCGAGCGAGUGGAGAGAAGAAGUCUGCUUUGUUCGGGAUUGCACUCAAUCAAAUGGGGCUUGCCUGCAUACAACGGUACUCGAUAAAUGAGGCAGCCGAUCUGUUCGAAGAAGCAAGGAGCAUUUUAGAGAAGGAAUAUGGUCCUUAUCACCCUCAUACAUUAGGGGUAUAUAGCAAUUUGGCAGGCACCUAUGAUGCAAUGGGGAGGUUAGAUGAAGCCAUUGAAAUCCUGGAUUAUGUUGUUGACAUGAGAGAAGAGAAGCUUGGAACAGCAAAUCCUGAUGUCAUUGAUGAGAAAAGAAGGUUGAGUGAAUUAUUGAAGGAAGCAGGCAAGGUCCGAAGCAGAAAAUCAAGAGCAUUAGUCACCCUCCUUGACACCAGCACUCAAAUAAUCAAAGAUGAUGUCAUUAAGGUAUCAAAAUCCUGUUUGUAGGUAUAUAAUGUAAAAAUUCUAAUUGUAAAAGGGAUGAUUAAAUGGUUGGUUUAUCUGAAUCACUGUCGCAUAUAUAAAGAGAAACCUGGUUUCAAAAGUUUUGUUGAGGGGUUAAAAGAAAAUUUAUAUGUUAACAUU